UAUAUAGGGAUAGGUAAAAACUUUUUUAAGUUACAAACUUACAAACUUUUUUUUAUUAUCUCAUUGUGUUAAUCCUUAGUUAUAGAGAGUAUCCAUGUUGAAAAUUCUUGAAAAAACAUCACAAUUUUUAAAAAUAACGCAUAAAUAAAUCGUGCAAUCAACACAUUUGUAACUGGGGUUCAACAUUGGGUGUAGAACACUAAUUAUCAUUGUGUUGAAUAUAUCUAUAAAGAUGUUUAAACUAUAUCUCUAGGAUUUGGGUAGGGUCUAAGAACAUAAAUAUUAGUUAUAUAAUACGUUUAACUUAGUUUUUACAUUGAAAAAUUAGUUUAUGUACUUCUCUAACAUAAUUUUAAUCGAUGUUCAACAAAAAAAUAUUAAAAAAUGUUGAACUCAAAUUAUAUACUUGUUGAACCUAUAAAGUUUGUAAGUUUGUACCUGAACCCACCCCUAUAUAUAUAUAUAUAUAUAUAUAUAUAUAUAUAUAUAUAUAUAUAUAUAUAGAGUAGUACUCUACUAGAAACCAAAUUAAAAUAGAAACUAGAAACCACAGGCCCAGCCCACUUUUUAAGACACCCAGUCCAGUAGCAUUGGACCCAGCCCAUCAUUACACAAAACUGCGACAGUUAAAAAUUAAAACUCACCCGAUACAAACGACUCACCGAUACACACGAUACACACGAUUCGCGCACAACGGUCCAUCACCUCCACUACUCCACUGUUCAUCUCGCGCUGCUCCACCGAGCUUAGCUUCUACGAAGAAAUUCAAGGCGAUUUUUGGAUCUCGCAACCGCAGCUGAAGCACCGAGCAAAAUAACUUGAACAUUUGUUGAAUAGGUACUUUUCUGUAGUUUAGUAGUAUUUAUAGUUAGUUAAUCAUCUUAAUCAUCUCGUAUUUUUAGUGUAUGUCGGUUUUUUUGAAUUUUAAGGGUUUUGUUGUAUAUUAUUGUGAAAACUGACUUCAAUCUACUAAUGUUCUUUCAUAACAGCUGUUAAUUAGCUUAUUUCACUCUGAAAGCUACUAAAAUAUGGCUAGAACUAGAUGAGGUAUGUUAAAUUAGGGUUUUAUCACUGUUUUUUUAAAUUAUUUGUGAUUUCAAGCAUUUACUUGUCUGAAUAUGUUGAUUUAUUGAAUAAUAUGUUGAUGAAUAUGUUGCUGAUUUGUUUAAUUAAUGAAUAUGAAUAUGUUGUUGAUGAAUAAGAUGUUGAUUUAGUGCAUAUUACUCAUCUUAAUGCAUAUUACUAAUCUCAGUUUGUAGAGUACGUAGAGUACUGAUCUUAGUGUGUAGUGUGUAGAGUACGUAGAGUACUUAGUGCAUAUCAAUCAUCUUAGUGUAGAGUACUUAGUACACAACCAGGCUGAGACAUAUGAUUUUAUAACACAUCUUGAUGUUAAUCUAGAUCAGUAAUCCACUAAGUUGAAUCAUGAUUAAGCUCCCAAAGUAGAAACAAAUGCCGUGGAAAAGUACUCUUUAUCUUAGCUAAUAAACUCAGAUUUGGUAUUGAAAAGAUGCUUAGCAAUUAAUAACUGACAGAUAUUAAAGCGAAUAUUUAACUGGUAUCCCUCUGGCAUGUUCAAACUCCAAGUUGAUUUAUGAUGAAUCAGGCAUUGAUUCAGCACCAAUGUCAAGCAGCUUAAUAUGAUUAUUUAAGACAUGGCUAGCUAAUUUUAUGAAUUAAGUAAUUAACAUUAAGUAUUACUAAUCAAUUCUUAUUAGUGAAGACUGACUAAUAAGAAUUGAUAUGAGAUUUGCAGAGCUUCUUAUUAGCGAAGACUAACAUGUAUAACUGAAAUAUUUCUUUAAUAAAACUAUUGUAGCAGAGCUAAGUGCUAAGUGUUUCUAAUCACAUAAUUUUUUAAGCCUAAAAAACAGAACAAGUUAGAAUCUAUUUUCUUCUCUUGGUAACCUCAAUUGAAUUUUAAUUAUAGUAUAUAUCGAAUGUCUGUAUAUUUGUGUGUUUUGUUUGUGAGAUAUCUAUCUGUUUAAAGUAGACUAGUAGCUUAAAAUCUUGAUUCAUUUUAAAGGAUUAGAUAGGUGAAUAUCACUAUCACUAAAAUAUAUUAACUAUAUCACUAAACUAUAUUAAGUAUAUCACUAAAGUAUAUUAAGUAUAUCACUAAAGUAUAUCAACUAAGAUCACCAAAAUACAACUGCUUAGUAUAAAUUUGGGAAUAUACUUCUUGUUAAAUAGUAUAUUUUACAUGUAUUUGCAAGUUUUAUGAUUUUGCAGGUUACAUAGUUCAAUGCAGAAGAAGUACAAGACUUCGUGCACAUAGUUUGUCAAAGUUUACAAACACUGCAGAUACUCCUGUAGAUUUAGAAUCCGAAGAUCAAGCAAACAUGAAUACCAACACCAUAGGAGACAAAAGACCACUUGCAAAAGUCUAUCGACGUCCAGAUAACAAAGUCAUAAAGGCUACUGCUGGAAGAAAUAUCAAAACUCUUGUUGGAAAUAAACUUGUUGAUGAAGUAGAAGGGGAUGAACAUAAUUGUAAUAAUCUGGUGGAUGAACAAGAUGGAGAUCAAGAUAAUGACAAACAAAGUGAUGAAGAUAUGCAAGAAGGUGAAGAAGACAGUGCACAAGAAGAUAGUGCAGAAGACAUGGAGCAAGACGAUAGUGCACAAGAAGGUGAAGAAGGUGAUGAAGAUAGUGCAGAAGAAGAAGAAGAUGAUGAACAAGACGAUGUACUAAACGAAAGUGAGGAAGAAAAUGAGGAUGAAGAAGAAGAGGAUGAACAAGAAGAGGAUGAAACAGAAAAUCAAGCUCAAGUCAACAAUGCACAACCAAAGACUAAAAUAACAAAAUACAAAAGGAAAAAGGAAGCUGCAUUUGAAACUCAUAUACCAAGAAAAAGGAUUGCUGGAACAUUAUAUCCACUAUUGAAGUUCAUGAACAAGGAUGUUAAGAAAACAGAAGGGGCUAAACAUAUAAAUAAGAAAAAAGACGAGGUCAAGAUAAGGAUAUCUCCAAGGCAUUUUAGUAAGAUGGUAGGUGAACUCACAAAAGAGCAGAGGGACUGGGUUACAAGAGCUGGUUUUGCACUCUUACUGGAUUUUGAGCUUGACAUUCUGCCAACCAAAAUCGCCUACAAUGUACUCCAAAUCUUUGAUCACCACUCAAUCUCACUGAAGCUGAAGGAUGGAGAUAUUAAUAUUACAAGUGAAGAUGUUUAUGAUGUGUUAGGCCUGCCAAAUGGAGGACAUCCUAUUAUUCUGGCAUCACCUGGAAAGUACAGUCAAAGAAUCAAAGAUUGGCAUGCACAAUUCACUUUAUCUGAUCAAAUAACAACACAGAUGAUUGUUCAAGUGAUGAAAAACCAAGAAGUUAAUGAUAACUUCAAAUUAAACUUCCUUCUUGUUAUGUCAAAUGUGCUUAUUGGUACAAAAGGAGCUUCUUAUGUGGACAAACAACUGCUGCAACUUGAUGAUAACCUUGACAAUCUCAAGAAGUAUAACUGGGCAGAUUUCCUCCUAGGCUACCUUGUAAUUGGAAUGGAGAGUUGGAACAGAACAACAACGACAUUUUUCCGAGGAUCACUAAUCUUUCUCACUUUGUUAUAUGUCGACCGUGUGAGGUACAAAGGAAUGAACCUGGUUGAUAGACAAUUUCCUUCCUACAAUGGUUGGACUCUAGAAAUGUUGAGACAAAGACAAGAAAUUGAGGUGAUUGACGGAGCUUUUGGAGUUGGAUCAAUCCAACCAAGUUUAAAAGAAUAUCUACAAAAAAUUGAUCCUUCUGAACCUCCAAAGACAAAGGUAAAUCAGAAUGAACAUGGAGACUGGGAUACGUGGCAGUAUUGGUCAGAGGUGGAUAGAAUUGAAAAAGAUUACCUGAAGAGAAAGGAGUCAACAUCACAACAACCUCAUGAAUCAACUCAGUGCCAAAGUCCACAAAAUACACAGUAUUACACUCCUCCAACAGAGACAGCUGAUGGAAAUGUUGAACAAACUGAAGAGGAUGUACUUCAUGAUUUACGUAAAAGGGCAGAGGAACUUGUGGACAUAAAGUCCAAAUUUGAUGAAGAUUUAGUGAAAGCAAGGGAAAAGUUUCCCGAUAAUAAAAACUUUGCUAUUAUCGGUGAAAUGCUGAAAGAUUAUCUCAUUCCUAACCAGGAAACUGGUGAUGAUUUGGGUGAUGAAUUAUCACCUGAAAUAGUCGCCAGCCUAGAAGUUGUUGAAGAAAUGGACAGAACCGACAUUGAGAUCCUUGCUGAGCAACAGAAAGAUGAUGAGAGAUAUGUCCCUCCUUUUUCCCUUGGACUGGAGGACAUAGAAAAAGAAAGGAAUCAAAAUUUGGUCACGCCGGAGCCAGAACCACAAGAGAGAGAGAAAAGCAAGAGGACAAAGAAAGUAGGUCCAUAUCAAAAAUCACCCUAUGUCAACAGGGUGAUUGAUAUCAAGGAAAGAAUGAAUAAUGAGGACUUUGGAUAUUGGGUCUUCUUGCUAAAGAAAAAGGGCGAGCUAUUGGAUGAUUUGUUUAGAUGGGAGGAAGUCAGAUGUAUAAAGGAACACUUGUUGACGCUGAAACCAAAAACAAGUGUAUACUACUCUGUGAUUGAUACAUGGGCAACAAUCCUAAAUGACAGUGAAAAGUACAAGGCAGAUGGGUCACCACUAAGACUUUUCUGCACAAUAGGAGAUUUGAUUUUCAGCAUUGAUCCAGAAAAGAAAGUCACCGAAACUUAUGAUUCGUUUGCCAGUGGGAUGGACAAGAUUCUUCAAACUUUUUCCAUCAAAAAAGUGGAAGACGUGGAAAUGGUGUGCUUUCCUAUUAAUAAAUAUGAGCAUUAUUAUUUGGUAUGCUAUGGUAUCAAAACCAUGGGAUACUUUAUAAUUGACAAUAUUAAACGUGAAGCACAGCCUAAGAUGUACUAUAGCAGAGUUUUGGAGGUUUUGCAUUCUCACUUUUGCAAUUAUAUAAGUAGGAAUGAAAAUCCAAAUUUGGGAUCAAGAGUGCGGAAAAUGAAGCCUCGUUUUGUGAAAAUGCCAUGGCAGACUACUGACAAUUCCACAGAUUGUGGUAUCUUCCUCAUGCGCCAUAUGGAAACCUUCAAAGGAGAUGUCAAAAACUGGAACACUGACUUAACAGAAGAAGGGCCAACACAGGAUAAACAAAUAACUAGGCUGAGGUUCAAGUACAACACAGCAAUCCUAUCUUCGCACCUGAAUGAACUGAAAGAGCCUAUCACCACAGAAGCUAUAGGCUUGUACAACACAGCAGAGAAGCAUAAUAUCAUCAACGUCGUCCUAGCUGGAAAAGCUGCAGAAAAGUUUCCAACUAAAAAAUCCGGCAAGAGAGUGAAAUUCGCGGUGAACUUAAUAAGUUCUUUCCACGAAGCAGAAAGGUCGUCUCAAGAAGGACCAACUCCUUCUUAGAUUUAGUGCAUUGUUUUACUGCACUUUUAUAGAAUAUUAGAAACUGAUUGAACAGAAUUAUUAGAUGGCUGAAAAUUAUCAGCCCUGUUGAUACUGAAAAUGAUUUAGUGGUUUGUUUUUGUAAAGAUAUGGUUAUUUUGUUUUUAC